GAACCAAGAUUAAAAUUGAUGCAAUGUUCUGUAUAUCUAACACAGAGAAUAUCUAACGUUCUGUACACAAUGUGAUAUUUACAUGGCCAUAAGCAGAGCCAGCAUUUCCAGAUAGCACCAUUUCAUCAAUACGUUAAGAUUUAAGUCCACUCUACAGAUAUCAUCCUUAGGCUUCACUGACCAUCCUGAUAUUGCUUAUUUAUUUACUUGUUUUUUUUUAUUAUUUUGAGAUACGGUGCACAACAGCUUCCAGCCCAGUGAGCUGCAUGGCCCAGCGACUCACCUAAUUAACACCAGCCUAAUCACAGUACAAUCUACAAUGACCAAAUAAUCUACUAAACUUUGUUCUGUGGGAGGAAAUCAGAGCACCCGGAGGAAACCUAUGUGGUUCAUGGGGAGAAUGUACAAACUCCUUACAGAUGGGGCAUGAAUUGAACUUCAAACUCCAGUUGUAACAACAUCACAUGAACAUUGCAGCCAAGUAUGCGGACCCUGGCAACCUCUUAAUACCGAUGUGCUUAUUAAAUAGAAUGUUGCUUCCCUCUCAAAGUCUAGGUUCAUUCUUCCAAUGUAGUCCAGCAGUGUGGAAUUUGUUUUAAGCAACAAGCAUUUCUCUGAUGGAACUCUGUCAGCAUCUGCCGGGGUGAGGUGUGGGGUGGCCAGGGCAGUUAUUAUCAAUAUUUCAGGUGCGAACUCUGCAUCACCACGAUUUUGAUUCAAGUUAGUUCAUGUCAUAAACACCAGGAUGCAAUGGAACAUCCUGUUCCCGCGCAGCUCCCAGAGUAAACAGUAUUCAUGGUCAUAACAAACACAGCGCAACACUGCAGACUGUUGUAUAAUCUGAGGCAAUACAUAAACAAAAAUAAAUAAUAACGGCUAUGACGGAAAUGUGAGGGGUAGAAUGAAGAGUCCCAGAUUGUAUUUGCACGGGAAAGAGAUGAGUUGAUUGGUCCAGAAGUCGGACAGUAGUGGGGAAAAAUUUGUUACUUUAAGUCAAAUUUCUUUCCUGCAACAGAUGCUGCCUGAGGCUUUGAAAUGUGCCGACAGACUGUUUGCGGUUCAAGAUUCCGGCAUCUGCAGUCUUUCGUAUCUCCGGGAUUUGUUUCAAGCGGGGCAUGUUGCCUUGCGCUUAUCUCGUAUAGCCCGUGUUUGAUUUGCCACGUGUAUGUACACGAGGUACGAGUCGCGGGAUGCAGGGGCUGGAUUCGCGGCUCUGCCGAGGUUGCCACUGACGCAGGAUCACCCGGUGACGUUCUCCGCAAGCAUCGUUUAAAAAUCGCUCCAGCCCACUGCGUCCUCAGAUCCGCUCGGACCUACUCUUCCCAAAACGCAGUAGACCCCGGGGCGGCACUAUCAUGCUGUCCACGACCAACUGCUUGUCCUUCCGAAGCACGCUGGAGGGUCUGCUGCCCUGGGCCGGCAUGAGAGCCACGAACAGCCAGAACGGCGGGGGGCACAAGAACUGGCCGCCCAACAAGUCCAAGGACAUCUUCAGCGUCAUGGUGACUCCUGAUCGCAUCCCAAAGUUCUUCAUCCCAUCUCUGGACGUUCACACCCCAGGAGGGCAGCCCGCGGAGGUGGAGGAGGGUGGCCGGUCGCCGGCUUUACUUUUGCAGCCCCGGGAGGAAGGGUCGAGGAGAGCCAGAAGCCCUACCGGGUCCAGCACCAGGAGCGAAUGUACCCCGGUGCGGGGAAGUCCGCUGCAAAGGCCCCCGGCGAGCUGCGGGGACGGGGCUCUGCUAGCCGGGGAACUGGAGAGGGCGGCGGACCACUCCGACCCUGCAACCAGGGCUGCGCUCUCCCUACCCCACUUACAGAAAAUCACUACCCCUUACGGCUUUCCAGCCCUGGGCGAGAUCCCACAUAUCAGGAGGAAGGAAUCGCUCUUCUUUGAGCGCGACGUGGCAGAGAUCAGGAGCCUGCUGAGGAGCAGCAAACAGAGUCGGGCGUUAGGCAGGAGCCGCUCCAGCCCACUCACUGACCUCAAGUUGCAGAAGCUCCCUGGCGCCGGCGUAGUCUCCCGGGCCAACAGAUCGGCGUCCUGGGAAACCAUCGGCAGCCCCAGCCUCCCACAGGCAUCCACCUCCUUGACCACCUUAGUCAAAGACAAGAGCAAGUUUCAGAUCCUCAUUAAGAAACACUUCUCUAGCAUUAAGCGUAUGAGAUCCAAUAGUUCAUCGGCGCGGCUGGCAGGUCGGGUGCUGAGCAGUUUCAGUGCAUGAUCGUACCGGAGAACUUCCCGCUCGUCCCGGGACUCACCU